AUAGAGAGACUCAAGAAUGAGGUUGUUAUUGUCAGCAGCAAUGUGGAUGAAAUCGAUCAGUUACACAACAGCUCUAUUGCGAGUUACAAUGAACAGCAGCUUAAAACGAUUUCUGAACAACUGCAACGACUAAAAACCCAAACUCAAAAACUCAAUCUUGAUAUUAAAAAUCGUAUUAAAACUGUCGAGACCGCAAAUGCACAUUUUCCCAAUAGUUCGGAUGCUCAGAUUCGUAGAACACAGACAAUGACACUGAGAAAACGAUUUAUUGAUACUAUUCAACGCUAUCAAGAUCUUGAACGAUCAUACGAGCAAAAAUAUCGUCAAAGAGUAGAAAGACAGAUUAGGAUAGGCAAGUUUGAAGAAGUCGACCAACUGAUUGGGUCCAACGAAACUCCCCAGAUUUUUGCACAAUCUAUAAUGCAAGCCGGUAGACGGGGACAGGCUAAUGCGGUGCUGUCUGAAGUUCAGCUUAGAAACGAUGAUAUAAAGAAUAUUGAAAAGACAAUUUUGGAACUUCAUCAAUUAUUUAUGGACAUGGCUAUGAUGGUUGAGCAACAAGGUGAGGUCCUUAAUCAGACUGAACAGCACGCAGAGAAUACGACGCAUGAUGUAGAAACUGGCCAUAAUCACUUAAUCAAGGCUAUUAAGAGUGCGCGUGCGACAAGAGCGAAAAAAUGGUGUUGCUUUGUGCUGUUUUUGAUUCUUUGUGUGGUGAUUGCAAUUCUGGUUUGGUGGUUUGGCUUCAAUCACAAGGUAAAUGAAGUUUUUAAUUAUCGAUCAUUUGAAGGGUAUAUUUUGUAUUCACACCUUGAUUCUGUACAACAGGGCGUGGGAGAUAACCCUUAA